CCAGCCCAGCCCGCACCUUGAUCCUGGACUUCCAGCCUCCGGAGCUGGGGGACAAUGAUCUUGUCGUGUCAGUGGAGCAGGCUCUGAGGCUCUGCUGCGGCAGCCCCGGCAGACAGACGGGUACGACCGCCCGUCUCUGUCCCAGGCCGCUGGCGGGAGCAACGGCAGAGACCGUGCACACGGGUGACACGUCUCAUCCCCGUCUGUCACGUCGCAGAAGCUGGAGGGCGCUCACCCUGGCACCUGUUCCGCCACGCCUCCCCACCCCAGGUGUGUCUGCAGGGCUGGGCGGGCCGGCUGCCAGGGAGCCCUCUGUGACCUCGUCGUUCCCGCCGGAACCCCGGAACACGGGGGGCCGGGCAGGCUCUCCCCGCCCGGCCAGCAGCGCCGCCAUGCCCCGCUUCCCCAACCCGCUGCUCAGACACCUCGUCGCCAGAAGCCCCUCCGACGGCCACAGGCGGAAGCAGUGCCUGCAGUACCUGAGGACCCUGCGCGCCCUACAGUACGACGGGUUCACCACCGUGUACCUGGGGGAGACUGAGGUCUCCGAGAGCCUGGUCACUGGGGAGGAGCCCAGCCAGGGCCACCUCCUGCCGGGCCCCGCCUGGUGCAUCGUGCACGCGGGCGGCGUCCAGGGCUGGGUGCCCUGGCGCCACCGGCUGUUCCUGAGGGACGAGCUGUGCGUCAGGAGGGACGACGGGCUGUUCCCAGAGUUCUGCGACGUGGUGAGGAAGGCCUACGGGAAGUGCGCCAUCGUGGUCAAGGAGCGGCGGCGGCAGCAGCUGGACGCGGCCCGGCCGAAGGAGGACCGGGAGCCCGAGGCCAGGGACCGCAUCCCUUCGGUCAUCCCGCUCAGGAGCAUCGAGUGCCGCCUGGAGGUGGCCAGGUCCUGCGGCCACGAGCUGCUCUCCCUGCCUCCCCCGUCCGUCUACCUGAGCCCCCUGGACGCGGCCUGGUCCUCGCUGAAGUGGUUCAUCAUCAACAGCCGGCGGGAGUUCUGCCUGCAGUCCAUCGGCGGCAUCUACUCCUACCAGUACAUCCUCCUGGGCGACCUGAUCGGCAGGGGCAUCGAGAGGGUCACCCCAAGCAAGUGGAGGGCCCUGGUCAGCAAAGUGCGGAGGUGGGAGAACUACUACCUGGGGAAGUUUUCUUAAGGGGGAGGCCCCCCCAAGACAGGCAGUCGGCCGCACUAGGGGGCGUGGUCUUCCCCACCUGACGCCCCCGGGCUGGGCUCCGCCAGGACCGCUGCGGCCAAGGACACAACCGCGACCCCCAGGCGGGCCGCGAGGGCCGGGCGCUGCCGUUCAUUAAAGCUUCUUGGUCCGGCAGGGGUCUCGGCCUCCGUCUGGCUGAGGCGAUGCCGAGGGUGACCACAGGGGGGCAGCUCAGGCCCGCCCAGUGCACGGGAGCUUGGUGGGGAGCAGGGGUGAGCGACCCUGAGGGUGUGUGGUGCAAAUCCAGGUCUCGGACAGAAAGAGAAUCACGCGUACAGUCCCCCCGAAAGUCAACAUUCAGCAGGGGGUCAGCGCCCCCAAGUCCUGCACAGGGAACCAGCGGGCCAUCUGCACAGACGUGACCCGGACAGCGGCUGGACAGGCCCUGCCCUUCCUGCUGCCUGAAGGCGAAGUGGUGGAGGAGGUGCCAGGGGCCCCCAUGAAGGUGACACCCCGUCCAGACAGUGACUGAUUCAGGGGGCACUCGGUGGGUGAACAGGUGACAUGGGCAGGGGUCUGCAGACCCCACCUACCCAGCCUGUGUCCCACCCCAACUCCAAGGCCCCCAACCAGCCUGGCGUCCUGGGCUCCGGCACCAGGGCCCCCCCGGCUGGGACCAGAGCACCCAGUUCAGGUUUGGGGCGGCCGCUCAUGCAGGUCGUGAGGGUUGGGCAGUCGUUUCCACUUUUACAGAGAAGGCCCUGGUUCCGAUUAAACGUAAAGUUCACUCUCGUGUGUACAUGUUUGGGCAGCAAUUUCACCAUGGAAGUCAGCGUAAUGGGGUGUCAGACGUGACUCACCAAAACAUCCCCCCAGUCCUAACAGACUCCCCCACACACGGGAUUCAGGGGGGCGGGUCCC